AUGAGUGAGGAGAUGCAGCAAGAUGCAGUGGACUGUGCGACACAGGCACUAGAGAAGUUUAACAUUGAAAAGGAUAUUGCAGCAUUUAUCAAGAAGGAAUUUGACAAGAAGUACAACCCAACAUGGCACUGCAUAGUCGGCCGCAACUUUGGCUCUUAUGUCACGCAUGAGACUCGCCACUUUAUCUACUUUUACCUUGGCCAGGUUGCCAUACUCCUGUUUAAGAGUGGUUAA